AUGAGGAAGAAGACACAAAGCAGCGUGAGGCGCUUAAGUGUGCAAGUAGAGUUAUUGCAAUGCAUGCGCUUUUUAAGGUGUGACAUGCCAGCAUGGUGACCACCGAGUGUUGUGGAUGGCUCGCUCUUUGUGUUCACAUAUUAUUGUGCUUUCAUCAUGCAGCUUGGGCAGCAGAUCAUGUAAAUUGCAAGACAGACCGACUGAAUGUGCUCCUUAUCCUUGCCGAUGAUCUUCGACCUUCAUUAGGGUGUUAUGGAGACACUGUUGUAAAAUCUCCCAACAUUGAUCAAUUAGCUUCCAAGAGUAUGAUCUUUCAGAAUGCUUUUGCACAGCAAGCAGUGUGUGCUCCAAGCAGAACGUCAUUUUUAACAAGCCGCAGGCCAGAUACAACAAGACUGUAUGAUUUUAAUUCUUACUGGAGAGUGCAUGCUGGAAACUACACAACUCUUCCCCAGUACUUUAAAUCAAAUGGUUAUAUCACAAUGUCUGUGGGAAAAGUGUUUCAUCCAGGAAUUGCUUCAAAUCGCUCAGAUGAUUAUCCAUAUAGCUGGUCAGUUCAUCCAUAUCAUCCUUCAUCCCUUGCAUUUGAAAGGCAAAAGGUCUGUAGAGGUCCAGAUGGACAGCUUCAUGAAAAUCUGUUGUGUCCAGUAAAUAUUUCAGAAAUGCCUGAGAAAACUUUGCCAGAUAUACAGAAUACAGAGGAGGCUGUUCGACUUCUGAAAUCUGUGCACAACAAAAAAGACCCCUUCUUCUUAGCUGUGGGUUAUUAUAAACCGCAUAUUCCAUUCAGAUAUCCAGAGGAAUAUUUAAAGCUGUAUCCCAUAGAAAACAUGUCUCUGGCGCCUGAUCCAGCAAUUCCAAGUGGGUUACCUUCUGUAGCAUACAAUCCCUGGACAGACAUUCGUGAAAGGGAGGAUGUUCAAGCUCUUAAUAUAAGCUUCCCUUAUGGUCCAAUCCCAAAACAUUUUCAGCUGAAGAUCCGUCAGAAUUAUUUUGCUGCUGUUUCAUUCCUUGAUGCUCAGGUUGGCCAGUUAUUGGGCACCCUAGAUGAUUUAGGACUCUCGGACAGCACAAUUGUGGUUUUUUCCUCUGAUCAUGGUUGGUCUUUGGGCGAACAUGGAGAAUGGGCCAAGUAUAGCAACUUUGAUGUAGCAACUCGUGUACCAUUGAUUUUCUAUGCACCUGGUUUAACAACACCUCAUCCAAAAUUUGGUCUAAGAAUAUUUCCUUUUAUUGAUGCAUUCAGUUAUACACCAAACAGAAUCUCUAAACGUAAUUCAGUUGAAAGCAUUGUGGAGCUAAUCGACUUGUUCCCAACACUUGUUGACCUGGUUGCUCUAGAAGUUCCUCCAUCUUGUCCAGAUCAAUCAUUCCACAUAGAUCUUUGUACAGAAGGCUCUAGUCUGAUGGAUUUUUUAAAUAUUAAUAAUGUUCAGAAUGACGAUGAGGCCAUUGCUUAUAGCCAGUAUCCACGGCCUUCCAACAUUCCACAGAAGAACUCUGAUCUUCCACACCUAGAAGAUAUUCGGAUUAUGGGUUACUCCAUACGUUCUGCAGAAUAUCGCUAUACAUUGUGGGUGGGUUUUGAUCCAUCCACAUUUCAUGCUAAUUUUCAGGACGUGUAUGCAGGGGAGCUCUACUUUACUGAAAGUGAUCCUGAACAGGACUUCAAUAUGUAUAAUAGCUCUCUUCAUGUGGAUUUAUUCCAAAAGUUUUGGAAGCAUUUAAUACCAUGAUUUACUUGAUGAUAAUUUUUUUUUCUGUUCAUUUAUUAAAAUGUGUCUCUAAAUUAAUUACUCUCCACCCCUUCUUAUAAUGAAUGUCCCAGUCAUUUAUUUUGAGGGUACACCAGACUAUGGUUUAUGAAGUCUAAGAAAAACUAACUUACAAUAAUCAGAAAUUUACAAAGUUAGCAUUACAUAUUCAGAUGUGCUUUAUUCAAACCGUAGGUUGCUACAGAUUACAUGUAAAGGCCAAUCUAAAAGAACACUUAUAGUUGUCGGCGGGGGGAAUAUUUGAUUUGAAGAAAUAAUAAAAUCUGAACUGGUUUUAUUUUGAACUGCAAGGUAAGUGCAAUAUAAUAUUUGAUCUGUAUGCCUGUAAUUGUGGUAUAGUGCCUAAUGAUUUGAAUUAGCAACCACAUAACUACGCAAUAAAGUCCUACCUAAAACUGUGUUGCUGUGAGGAUGUCUGUUAACUAGCCUGUGUUGGAACUGCUGAUUGUAUACAGUAGCUUGUGUAAAGUGGUUUUGAGAGAUAUUUUAUUUGAGAUAAACUAUUCUGUUCUCUUGCGUUAUAAAAUAUUAAUACUACUGUGUUAGUACUUUAAAUGAUAUCAUUUUUCAUCCUUAUCUGUAUUGCAAAGAAUGGGUCACUAAAUUCAAACAAAUGCUAUAGAAAUCUACAUUUCUAAGUUUCUUGAUUUGGACAGCACAAAAUACAAAACAUUUUAUAUUUUGGUUAUGUUGCUUUUUCAAUAUCAUUGAGAGACUAACAUGGACAUUCGCUGUAAAUCAGCUUUCACAUGUAGUACACAUUGCUGUUAUGUAGAUUUGAUCAAAUAGAAGGGAGACAAAGAUGCUAUUCCCUCAAGUGGUGAUUAAACCUGUCUGACAGAAUGGGAAGUAAGAAUAAUCCGUUUGGGAGAAACCCUUCUGCUUCUGGAGAAUUGUUGUAAAAGUAUUUAUACCAGGUUUCAGAUAUUAUUACAGAAUCUAUUAAUCGGAAUAGUCAAUCCUUUUUUACAUAAUUUUGUAAUUUUUUGUGUACCAUCAUACUCCAGAUAACGCCAAAGAAUAUAACAAAUGUCAAAGUAACUACAGCAUAACAAGUUGUAACAAUUUGUACAUCAGUAUUAUUUUUUGAUAUGUACUAUACAGUGAUGUGUAAAAAGAUUUAAUCCUCUUGAAAGUAUCAUAGUUUUCUACAUGACAGAAGAUUUUUACACAUAUUUCUCCGUUCAGUAUUUUUAAUGUGAACUCUUAUGCUGUAUCAAUACAUUUCCAAAGUCAAAAUAAACAAUUUUCUGUAGAUAUUUAACUAAAGAAGAAAAACUCAAUAGUAUUCAAACCCUACACAUUAAUACUUUGUCAAGAACCCUUUUGUAGCAAUAACAGCCCUGAUUCAUUUGGGGUAAAUAUGUACCAGUUUUGCACAUUGUUUAGGAGUGAUUCUUCCCCAUUCAUCUUGACAGAAUUUCUAGAAAUCCUCUAGGUUGGUGGGAUGGCACUUCUGGACAUCAGUUUUCUAAAGGUGCCACAGAUACUCAGUAGGGUUAAGAUCAGGGCUUUGAUUUGGCCAUUCCAAAACAUUCAUCUUUCUGUUUUUGAGACAUUCCAGUGUCACUUUGCCUUUAUGCUUAAGGUCACUAUUAUGUUGAAAGGUGAAUCUUCUUCCGAACUGUAGGUUCAUAGCAGACUGGAACAAGUUCUCCUACAAUAUUGUGUAAUGUUUGUGUCCAUCCAUUGUUCCUUCAACUCUAAAAUGACUGCCUGUCCCAGCACAUGCAAAGCAUCCCCAUAGCAUGAUGCUGUCACCUCCAUAUUUCACCAUUUGUAUGGUGUUCCUUGAGGGUUGGGCAGUGUUAGUUUUACACCACACAUACCUCUUUGAAGUCUGGCCAAAAAGUUCCAUUUUGGUCUCAUCUGACCAUUAAACCUUCUUCCACAUCUUAACUGGGUUUGUCUUAUGUUUUGUAGCUAAUGCAAUACCUACUUUUAUGUGGACCUUCUUAAAGAAUG